AUGGACGAGGAGCCGGAGUCGGCGGUGGUGAUGGGCGCGUACGGCGGGCCGGCCCGACCGGUGGAAACCGCUGCGGGGGAGACGAUGCUGCUCUGGUCCCUCGGCAACCCGGCGUCCCACCGCCCCAACGCAUUCGUCCGGCACGGCGCGGGCGCGCUCGCCAUCGACGCCUGCGGGCGCCGCCUGACGCUGCACCAGUCCCCGUCCAACUUCAAGGGCGCCUCCGGGGUGACGGGCGCCGUGGUCUGGGACAGCGGCGUGGUGCUGGCCAAGUUCCUGGAGCACGCCGCGGACCGCGGCCUCCUGGCGGCGCGAGGGGCGCGCGCCGUGGAGCUCGGCGCCGGGUGCGGGCUCGUGGGCGUGGUGGCGGCGCUGCUGGGCGCGCGCGUGGUCGCCACCGACCUCCCCGACCGCCUCAGGCUGCUCCGGAAGAACCUGGAGGAGAACCUCGGCCCCGGCGACGGGGACGCCCGGGUGGCCGAGCUGGUGUGGGGCGAGGACGACGACCCCGACCCCGACCUGAUGCACCCGGAGCUGCUGCUCGGCUCCGACGUGGUGUACAGCGAGGAGGCGGUCGACGACCUGCUCGCCACCCUCAGCCUGCUCGCCGGCCACAACACCACCGUCCUGCUCGCCGGAGAGCUCCGCAAUGACGUGGUGCUGGAGUGCUUCCUGGAGGCGGCCAUGGAGGAGUUCGUGAUCGGGUGCAUCGAGCAGGAGCAGUGGCACCCCGACUUCCGCACCAACCGCGUCGCCAUCUUCAUCCUCGUCAAGAAGAAACCACUGUCACCCGAGUCAUCCGAUCUUAACUGUAUCUGACUCCAUUUCAGAACGAAAUACAGUAGUACUACCGCUAAUCUGCUUCUUGGAACAGAUUAACAACGAUAUUGUGAUUUGUGAAACCACUAUGGUUUCUGGCAGUGCUGGAAGAGAUGGACGGGGCAACGUUUGUGGUGGUGAAUGUAAUGCAGUAACCCAGCAAAAUUGUUGUUCUUGGUAG